GGAAAUGUCAACUUUCCCGGGUUCCAGUUGUUUUAGAGUUGGCCCUGCCAGCGUCCUCAGCAGUCAAGGAAAAGGGAAAUACAAACGCGCUGAGAGCUGAGCUGACAUCUCUGCGCAUGCGCGGCGACCCGAGCAGGAACCGGGAGCCGAGGAGCCGGGGCGUGGCCAGGGCGUGGAGAUUCUGCGCAUGCGCCCAGCCCUCGCUCGGUGCCGCGGCCGCGGCCGGGAGCCACCUGGAGCAUGUCGGCCCCUUUCGAGGAGCGCAGCGGGGUGGUUCCGUGCGGGACGCCCUGGGGCCAGUGGUAUCAGACCCUGGAGGAGGUGUUCAUUGAGGUGCAGGUGCCGCCGGGCACCCGCGCCCAGGAUAUCCGGUGCGACCUGCAGUGCCGGCACGUGGCGCUGGCGGUGGGUGGCCGCGAGAUCCUCAAGGGCAAACUUUUUGAUUCUACAAUAGCUGAUGAGGGAACAUGGACUUUGGAGGACAGAAAAAUGGUUCGUAUUGUUCUUACAAAGACAAAGAGAGAUGCAGCAAAUUGUUGGACUUCUCUUCUAGAAUCUGAAUAUGCAGCUGAUCCUUGGGUGCAAGACCAAAUGCAGAGAAAACUUACAUUAGAGAGAUUCCAGAAAGAAAAUCCUGGUUUUGACUUCAGUGGAGCAGAAAUCUCAGGAAACUACACUAAAGGUGGACCAGAUUUCUCAAAUCUGGAGAAAUAACUGCUAUUUUUUUGCUGCAUUUUGUGGACUCUAGCAGAUGUUACCAGCUUGAUCAAAGGAACAAAUUACAUGGUGGAAGAAAAGUGUGGAUGGCUAUAGUUAACACAUUGCAAAAUAUAUUUAAGUAUGGUUCUAAAAAUUGCAUUCAAAUAUUAUUUACAUAGGAAACCUCUUAAAUACUUUGGUAGCUAUUAAUAUAUGGUAACUGUUUUUGGACUUGGUUUUGCUCAGCAUGAAGUUUCAUAUGAUGCAUUUUGCUAAUUUCAUAUUAACCUAUAUUUUUAAUACAAAAAAGUUAGGGAAUAGAUCAUCAUGAAAAGAUAGGGUGCCUUCAGGGAAAAUUAAUUUUUUUUCUUCUAAGAAGUGUGAUGCAGGAGUAAUGUUCAGUAAACUUUUUAAUAUAGGAAUUGUGUACCCUUUUGGCUAAGUAUACCAGUCUAUACAAGGAAACUAUAUUAAUGAAAACAACUUUAGGAAAGAAAAAAAUCCACAAGUAUAUUCUAAGUAAGUUAACUUUAAGAGUUAAUGAAAACCUCUGAAUUAGUAUAUUAUUUCUUGAGAGAUCUCUUUAUUCAAGAAACUUAAAAGUAGUAAACCUCAAAGUAGGAAUGGAUUAAUACAAAAAGAUAUUUGGUGAAGUAUGAUUAUUGGGCAUAUAUAUUGUUAGCACCAUAAAACAAAUUAUGGUCAAUGAUUAUAAAUCAGUGACAUAAUUUUGAUCUUCAGUGAUCCAGGCAUAGAAGGAAGAAUUGUCUUGAAAUUUUAUUUCAUUCUUUUUUAUCUCUUUUUAUA